GGCCCGUCGCGCCUCCUCCGGUUGCCGGCCGGCGGGCAGUUGCGACCUUGUGCUGGUGCGGAGCCGUGUGUCUCGUGUGAGGUGUUCUUAGGGCCGACAGCUUCAAUGCGGCAUGUUUGCCCCGACGGGCGAGCGCCUUUCACGCGGGAGCUGCGGACUGGGUGAGUGGGACGCGGACCGGGGGCCGGAGGCCGGCUGCAGGAUGCUGGGCAGCGGCGGCGUGACCGUGGCGAAGCGCGCCACCCACGGCGGCUGGCUCUACCCCACCGUACUCCUCUGUUUCUGCGGCUUCUUCUCCAACGUGCGGCCCUUCGAGCCCUUCUUCACCCCGUACCUUUUGGGACCGGAUAAAAACCUAACAGAAGAACAGGUGAAGGAGGUUUUUCCAGUAUGGACUUACUCGUACUUGGUCCUUUUGUUUCCCAUCUUCCUUGCAACUGACUAUCUUCGUUACAAGCCUGUCAUCAUUAUACAAUGUGCCGCUUUGAUUGUGACCUUGUUCAUGCUGUUGUAUGCCCAAGGACUGCUAGCAAUGCAGUUUGUGGAAUUCUUCUAUGGUAUGGUGACUGCAUCAGAAGUGGCAUAUUACUCCUAUAUCUACACAGUAGUGGACUUUAAUAAAUACCAGAAAGUAACUGGAUAUUGUCGAUGUGCCACGCUGUUUGGAUACACAGUGGGAUCUGUUGCUGGGCAAAUACUGGUCUCAUUCACUCCGAUAUCUCUCUUCUACCUCAAUGUUAUUUCCUUAGUUUGUGCAACAAUUGCCUUUGUUACAUCGAUGUUUCUUCCAAUGCCACAGAAAAGCAUGUUCUUUCACAAAGUGGUGCGAGACUGUAAUGUUAAAGACAUCAAAGUAGAAGAUGCAGUAUCAUCAUUAAAAGAACUUGAAUCAUCUUCAUCAUUCAAUCAUGACAAUGUUGAUGCUGAGCAUUUGGUUGUUAGCCGUCUUCUUGAGCCAACGGAUGCCACCUCGCACACCCUUACCACAGCGAACAAAACGCCAUUCAAACGUAUUUACAGUGUGCUUGCAUUUCUAUGGAAGACGUUAAUACAGUGCUAUUCUUCAGGGCCACUGCUCUGCUGGUCAGUAUGGUGGGCAUUGUCUACCUGUGGCUAUUUUCAAAUAUUGAACUAUGUUCAAAUACUGUGGGAGAAAAUAUAUCCAUCGCAGAAUUCUCAGAUUUACAAUGGGUUGGUGGAAGCUGCAUCUGCGCUGUUGGGUGCAGUGGCAGCAUUUGUUGUGGGUUAUAUAAAAAUAUCAUGGUCCAUGUGGAGUGAAGUUGCACUUCUCAUCUUUUCCUUUGUUAUUGUCGUUGUGCUGUAUGUGAUGGACACUGUCCAAAAUAUUUGGGUGUGCUACAGCUGUUAUGUGCUUUUCAGAAUCAUCUACAUGAUGCUAAUAACCAUUGCGACGUACAAAAUUGCUGCAAAUCUAAGUGUGGAACUAUAUGCUUUGGUGUUUGGUGUAAACACUUUUGUUGCCCUAGUCCUUCAGACUGUUUUAACUUUGAUUGUAGUAGAAGCCAACCUACUGAACUUAAACAUAUUUGGACAGUUUCUAGCUUACACCAUUUACUUCGCAGCGAUUGCGAUACUCUUUCUGAUCUAUGGUGUAUACAGCGUUAUAAAGAAACACAGAGGGUUGCAAGCAGCUGAAAACAUCUCUGAUUGCUCGGACGGUGGGGAAGUGCCACCCAGGCUGACUUGUAAGCAGAAAUUACACUUGUGAUGUUAACUUUUGCCAUCUUUCGCCGUCCUCAUUACAAACUUCACUACUUUAAAUCAUUACUGGUAUAGCACUAAUUAGAUAAUUUCUUCACUUCUGCACAGUGUCAUUAAUCAAAAAGUUACUUGAAGCUACAGUUGUUUUUUAGUUGCAACUUCACCAAAAUCUUGCACUUUGUUUAUGCCAAAGGACAGGAUUUUGAAAGGGGCAAAUUUUCUGCAAUAUCCAGGAUCGACACCCUCUUCUAAAAAGUGCCUAAAAUCUGCGUGAUGGUACAUAAUCACCUGUUAAUGUUGCUCACAUACGCCGAGCCCUCUUAAUUUUGAAACCUCUCCAGUUAUAGAAACAUAGAAAAUAGGUGCAGGAGUAGGCCCUUCGGCCCUUCGAGCCUGCACCAACAUUCAGUAUGAUCAUGGCUGAUCAUCCAACUCAGAAUCCUGUACCUGCUUUCUCUCCAUACCCCCUGAUCCCUUUAGCCACAAGGGCCAUAUCUAACUUCCUCUUAAAUAUAGCCAAUGAACCGGCCUCAACUGUUUCCUGUGGCAGAGAAUUCCACAGAUUCACCACUCUCUGUGUGAAGAAGUUUUUCCUCAUCUCGGUCCUAAAAGGCUUCACCUUUAUCAUUCAACUGUGACCCUUCGUUCUGGACUUCCCCAACAUUGGAAACAAUCUUCCUGCAUCUAGCCUGUCCAAUCCCUUUAGAAUUUUAUACGUUUCAAUAAGAUCCCCCCUCAAUCUUCUAAAUUCCAGUGAGUAUAAGCCUUGUCGAUCCAGUCUUUCUUCAUAUGAAAGUCCUGCCAUCCCAGGAAUCAAUCUGGUGAACCUUCUCUGUACUCCCUCUAUGGCAAGAAUGUCUUUCCUCAGAUUAGGAGACCAAAACUGCACACAAUAUUCUAGGUACGGUCUCACCAAGGCAUUGUACAACUGCAGUAGAACCUCCCUGCUCCUGUACUCAAAUCCUUUUGCUAUGAAUGCCAACAUACCAUUUGCCUUUUUCACUGCCUGCUGUACCUGCAUGCCCACCUUCAAUGACUGGUAUACAAUGACAACCAGGUCUCGUUGCAUCUCUCCUUUUCCUAAUCGGCCACCGUUCAGAUAAUAAUCUGUUUCCCUGUUCUUGCAACCAAAGUGGAUAACCUCACAUUUAUCCACAUUAAUUUGCAUCCGCCAUGAAUUUGCCCACUCACCUAACCUAUCCAAGUUACCCUGCUUCCUCUUAGCAUCCUCUCACAGAUAACACCACCGCCCAGCUUCGUGUCAUCUGCAAACUAGGAGAUGCUGCAUUUAAUUCCCUCAUCUAAAUCAUUAAUAUAUAUUGUAAACAACUGGGGUCCCAGCACUGAGCCUUGCGGUACCCCACUAGUCACUGCCUGCCAUUCUGAAAAGGUCCUGUUUACUCCCACUCUUUGCUUCCUGUCUGCCAACCAAUUCUGUAUCCACAUCAAUACCAUACCCCCCAAUACCGUGUGCUUUAAGUCUGCACACUAAUCUCCUGUGUGGGACCUUGUUAAAAGCCUUUUGAAAAACUAAAUAUACCACAUCCAUUGGCUCUCCCCAAUCCACUCUACUAGUUACAUCUUCAAAAAAUUCUAUAAGAUUCGUCAGACAUGAUUUUCCUUUCACAAAUCCAUGCUGACUUUGUCCGAUGAUUUCACCUCCUUCCAAAUGUGCUGUUAUCACAUCUUUGAUAACCGUCUCUAGCAUUUUCCCCAGCACCGAUGUCAGACUAACUGGUCUAUAAUUCCCCGGUUUCUCUCUCCCUCCUUUUUUUAAAAAGUGGGGUUACAUUAGCCACCCCCCAAUCCUCAGGAACUAAUCCUGAAUCUAAGGCGUUUUGAAAAAUUAUCACUAAUGCAUCCACUAUUUCUUGGGCUACUUCCUUAAGCACUCUGAGAUGCAGACCAUCUGGCCCUGGGGUUUAUCUGCCUUUAAUUCCUUCAAUUUACCUAACACCACUUCCCUACUAACAUGUAUUUCCCUCAGUUCCUCCAUCUCACUAGACCCUCGGUCCCUUACUAUUUCUGGAAGAUUAUUCAUGUCCUCCUUAGUGAAGACAGAACCAAAGUAGUUAUUCAAUUGGUCUGCCAUGUCUUUGUUCCCUAUGAUCAAUUCACCUGUUUCUGACUGUAAAGGACCUACAUUUGUCUUGACCAAUCUUUUUCUUUUCACGUAUCUAUAAAAGCUUUUACAGUCAGUUUUUAUGUUCCCUGCCAGCUUUCUCUCAUAAUCUUUUUUCCCUUUCCUAAUUAAGCCCUUUGUCUUCCUCUGCUGGUCUCUGAAUUUCGCACAGUCCUCAUGUGUGCUGCUUUUUUUUGCUAAUUUAUUUGUUUCUUCUUUGGACUUGGUACUGUCCCUAAUUUCCCUUGUCAGCCACGGGUGCACUACCUUCCCUGGUUUAUUCUUUUGCCAAACUGGGAUGAACAAUUGUUGUAGUUCAUCCAUGCGAUCUUUAAAUACUUGCCAUUGCAUAUCCACCGUCAACCCUUUAAGUAUCAUUUGCCAGUCUAUCUUAGCUAAUUCUCGUCUCAUACCUUCAAAGUUACCCUUCAAAGUUCAGAACCUUUGUUUCUGAAUUAACUAUGUCACUCUCUAUCUUAAUGAAGAAUUCCACCAUAUUAUGGUCACUCUUACCCAAGGGGCCUCGCAUGACAAGGUUGCUAACUAACCCUUCGUCAUUGCUCAAUACCAAUCUAGAAUGGCCUGCUCUCUAGUUGGUUCCUCGACAUGUUGGUUCAGAAAACCAUACAUUCCAAGAAAUCCUCUUCCUCAGCACCCUUACCAAUUUGGUUCACCCAAUCUAUAUGUAGAUUGAAGUCACCCAUUAUAACUACUGUUCCUUUAUUGCACGCAUUUCUAAUUUCCUGUUUAGUGCCAUCCCCAACCUCACUACUACUGUUAGGUGGCCUGUACACAACUCCCACCAGCGUUUUCUGCCCCUUAGUGUUAUGCAGCUCUACCCAUAUUGAUUCCACAUCCUCUAGGCUAAUGUCCUUCCUUUCUAUUGCGUUAAUCUCCUCUCUAACCAGCAAUGCUACCCCACCUCCUUUUCUUUCCUGUCUAUCCCUCCUGAAUAUUGAAUAUUCCUGGAUGUUGAGCUCCCAUCCUUGGUCACCCUGGAGCCAUGUCUCUGUGAUCCCAACUAUAUCAUAUUCAUUAAUAACUAUCUGCACAUUCAAUUCAUCCAUCUUGUUACGAAUGCUCCUCGCAUUGACACACAAAGCCUUCAGGCUUGUUUUUACAACACUCUUAGCCCUUAUACAAUUAUGUAGAAAAGUGGCUCUUUUUGCUUUUUGCCCUGGAUUUGCUUGCCUGCCACUUUUACUACUUUUUGCUUCUACCCUCAUUUUACACCCCUAUGUCUCUGCACUUGUUCCCACCCCCCUGCCACAUUAGUGUAAAGCCUCCUGAACAACAGUAGCAAAUGCUGCCCCUAGUUCCAGUCCAGCCCAGGUGCAGACCGUCCUGUUUAUACCGGUCCCACCUCCCCCGGAACUGGUUCCAAUGCCCCAGAAAUUUGAAUCCCUCCCCCUUGCACCAUUUUUCAAGCCACGUAUUCAUCUGAAAUAUCCUCCUAUUUCUACUCUGACUAGCACGUGGCACUGGUAGUAAUCCAGAGAUUAUUACCUUUGAGGUCCUACUUUUUAGUUUAUCUCCUAACUCCCUAAAUUCACCUUGUAGGACCUCGUACCGUUUUUUUACCUAUAUCGUUGGUACCUAUAUGCACCAUGACCACUGGCUGUUCACCCUUCCAUUCCAGAAUGUCGUGCAGCCACUCAGAGACAUCCUUGACCCUUGCACCAGGGAGGCAACAUACCAUCCUGGAGUCUUGUUUGUGGUCGCAGAAACUCCUGUCUAUUCCCCUUACAAUCGAAUCCCCUAUCACUAUAGCUCUCCCACUCCUUUUCCUCCCCUCCUGUGCCGCAGAGCCACCCAUGGUGCAAUGAACUCGGCUGCUGCUGCCUUCCCCUGAUGAGACAUCUCCCCCAACAGUAUCCAAAACAGUAUAUCUAUUUAGGAGGGAGAUGACCUCAGGGGACUCCUGCAUUACCUGCCUACUGCUACGCUGUCUAGUAGCCACCCCUUCCCUUUCUGCCUGUGUAGCCUUUACCUGUGGUGUGGCCAACUCACUGAACGUGCUAUUCAUGACUUUCUCAGCAUCGCAGAUGCUCCAGUAUGAAUCGAAUUGCAGCACCAGAUGCUCAAUGUGGUCUGCUAGAAGCUGCAGCUGGACACACUUCCUGCACACAUAGUCGUCAGGGACACUGGAAAUAUCCCUGAUUUCCCACAUUCUGCAGGACGAACAAACCACGGGGCCGAUCUCAGCUGCCAUGACUUACCCAAUACUUGCCUCAACUUUUGAAACUUUCUCCUUUGAAAGAAACUUACCCGGCCUUACCUCACUUGGAAUGAAACUCGUCCUCAGCCUCUUCUCGUCAAAGCCUCAAAUCUCCACUCUUUCACUGGCCCACUCACUCACUGGCCACUUUCCACUGGCUACUUUUCUUUAUAUAUGUUUGAACCUUGUUCAACUUGAUAUGAAUGAAGAACAUAUGUUAGCUAAUAAUAUUCAUGUAUUUCACAAAUCAAAUGCAUCAAUUGCAAGUGAAUUAUGUGCCUUUUUUUCUAAUUACACAAAUAAAUUUAUAAACAAGAGAAAACCUGCUGAUGAUGGAAAUCCAAGCAACACACACAAAAUGCUGGAGGAAUUUAGCAGGCCAGAAAGCAUCUAUGGGGAAAAAAGUACAGUCGACGUCUCAGCCCGAAAUGUCAACUGUACUUUUUUCCACAGAUGUUUCCUGGCUUGCUUAGUUCCUCCGGCAUUUUGUGUAUGUUGCUAAGUAAAUUUAUAUCAGGUCUCAGUACACCUGUGUGGUCUAGUGCACACGUUUGAGGAUUGCAGGAAUGGGACUAAUGAGUUUAGAAGGAAAACUCAACCUGAAUCUUGAACUUUGAUCUGUAGCAAAAUGUUCAGUUUGGCUACUCACCUCUUUGUAAUUGAUGACGAUCUGUGUCUUAAUUGCUUUUUCAAAGGCAUGUCAGUUAUUGAGAAAAAAAUUGUAUGGCUAUUUUAUAAAAUUGUAGAAUAUAUAAUAUAAUGAUUUAUAAUGGAGGAAUAGUAGAGCUGAAAGGAAUAUUUAAUAAUAUUUACAUUUUUAGCAAUUAUUGGAGUCACGCCUCUAGUCCUGUGUUGCGGAUAAAUCUCAGGAGCGGCAGAAAGAAUAGAUCAGACAGUCUCAAAUGUUUCAGACUAAAGGACUUUAUUACCUGAUAUCACAGAGAGCCUCUGUACCUAAAAGCGGUGCUUAGGGGCUCUGCUGAUCUUGCAGACCUGCUUCAUUAUAUAGGCACGGUGAACGUAACUAGAAGCACUUAACAAUGACAUUGUUUGCCUGUGAACUUAGUACUAGACUGUAACAAACAACAUGACUUUGAACUUCAGACUAAUUUUCAACAGACAAGACCAUAACGUAACUGUGGUGCCAUAGUAUUCUUGUUUAGACUUUAGCAAGGACUAGAUUCUAAGACUUGCAACUCAGACCUCAGCUAAAUUUUAAGAGCAUUGACAAGCGAUUAGGUUAACCCCUACAUAUCCAAAGAGUCUUAAAUUCUUCCGCAUCCUUUAAUAGUGCCAAAGUCUGAUCAGUUAUAGUUCUUUCUACGGAACACAGGGCUUAUAAAAGAAAUAGUUUGAAAAGUAGGGGAUUGGGUUUAAUUGGACAGAUUUGUCAAAAAAACAGCAUAAGCAGAAAAAGGAGAGAUGGCUUCUGUAGUUCUAUCCAUUUAUAGCUAAGGAUGGUAUAUAGAAUUUUAAAUCAUUGGCAUCAGCCAUUCAAAAGCAAGUAAGAAGUUAUGUCCAUUAGUAUGUCAGUAAGUCUGUAAAAACUUGUCCAGGGUACUUUUUGUCCAGGGUAAAGCACCAUGAUGGUUAAAAUUGACCUGAUGUGAAUGAUGUAUCAAGUAUUACUUUGGAAUAUGUAAUGGAAAUGUGCUUAGUAAUGAGACAGCUAUGUCAACUGAAAUGCUCAUUGUCUCUUAAUGGAGCUGUUACAAAUUUCUGUGAGCUUUUAAAUGCACUUUGUGGCCAUUGCACAGUUAGUAUUAAACCAAGUUUUUCCUUAGUUCAUAGUAAAUUCACAGGAUUCACCUUGCCAUUGUGCAGUUUUUUCCUAUGUUGAUCAUAAAAGCCUCAGAAACAGGAUUUUAUGAUUAAUUUUGAAAUGGCUAGGGUCGAGGAAUUUGGAAAAAGGAGGAGAGAACAAUUUGAAUUUUUGUACAUUUAAUGGUUUUGUUUAUCUUGCAGCUAAAUUAUAUUAACAGCUGUAAGCAUUUACUUGGAUCAGUCUCAAUCAGCAUCUUCCUACCCCAUCCUAAUUGUACUUACCCCUGUGUUUAUUCCUGAGAACAUCUCAAAUGUCUAGUCCUCUUUCCAACAUGUCAAGAUUUAUGUACACAAAUAUAUCCUGACCUCCACCUUUAAUGCCUUGGCCCCAUAGGACUAUUGCCCACCCCCACCACUCCUUCAAUACCUGCCACCUUCUGCCUGCCAGACCCUUGUCUCCCUUCAUCUAAGGGACACAAAAUUAAAGAGACCUCGCAGCGAUGUUUAAACGAUGUUGCUGGAUUUGACAAGACCACAUAUAAAGCAGUUUGCAUUUGCCAAACUGCUCAUUACAUCAGGAUCAUCUGGGAAUGUGAAGGUAACCCUUAGCUGCUUUUCUCUGUUGCGAGUCACCUCAAGGUCUUUGCCCUAGCUUUCUGUUUUACCUGCAAUAAAAGUGAAGAACUUGUGACAUUUUUUGGUGUUGGUUUUGAGCUCAUUCUGACAGCUGUCUAUGAUGUUUUCAUCAACACUGUCCUUGCUAAAUUACACUGGUUCUUUUAGCUCCAAACUGGGUUUUUUCUCUAGCUUCUAUCACCUAAAGUGUCCUCAUGGGGCUUAUCUUGUCAAGGAAACCCUCUCCUUUAUCUCCUUGACUCUUUUGUAUUCUUUUCCAUCUAACCACUUUCUAUCUCGCCUCAAUUCCUCCUGAUACCAACCCAUCUUUCAAUGUAGGCUGAUCAUGUUGACUUCUCUCCAUUUCCAUUCCCACUCCAAACCUGCUAUCACAUUUAAUACUCAAAGCUCAGCAUUUAACCUCUCUGGCCUUGCUGACCAUCAUAUCUCCAGCUAUCUUUAAAUUCUUGGAAUGCAUUGAAGCCUCCUAAGUCCAUGCCCAUCUUUCCCAGAACAAGUUGUAUGAAUUCUUGACCUACCUGCAGUCUUUACAGCUGACCAUCUUUUUCAAUAAUUAAAAAUUUCCAAUGAUUUCUCAUCCCAUACCUGUGAUGUUUGGCAUUUUGGGGAUACAGAGAAAUGCUCCUAUUCCUCAUGUACAUGUUGCACUCAACAACAUUAUCUGAAAGUGAUUCCUGUUCUCUGUGCUGCUGAUGAUAUCUUAACAGCUCCCUCCACCCACCUUUUGACUUAGGUGGAGGCCUCUAUCAAAUUUUUGGCCUGGCAUAGUGAAUUGAAUUGACAUUAUUACUUACAUCCUUCAUAUACAUGAGGAGUAAAAAUCUUUACAUUACAUCUCCAUCUAAGUGUGCAAUGUGCAAUUUAUAGUAAUUUGUAAUAAAUAGUAUGUACAAGAUGAGUGGAAACUUUCUCCUAAUAAAUAUUGGAAAAGUCCAAUUCAUUGUCUUUGAUCUCAACCCAUCUUCCCCACCCCCUAAAAAAAAAACAAACAUAAUUCCCUGGAUACAUGGCUCUGUUCCUCUUUCCAACAGCUCCCUUAAAUAUAACAAGACCUCGGGUUUGAUUCAGGAUUGUAUUUGAACUUUGAUCUCAGAUAUACAUCAUAAUGUAAACUACCUUUUCCCAGUUGUUGGCAUCUUUGCCCUUGUUUCAGUUCAUGCUGUUGAAACUCAUCAAACCUCAAGCCAUUGCUCUUAGUGGUCUCUUUUGUUUUAUCUCCUUACACCUGACGUCAUAAAGAAAAGUCAGGGGGAAGAGUCCUGCUCCCAUGUUUUCAGACCAUUAUUGGAUCUCAGUCUGGUAACGAUUUAGAAUUCAUAUCCUUUUCAGUUUUCUCCUUUGUCUCCCCUCCUAAAUGUGUAAUCUACUACCUUAAAGUACUCGGACCAUCUAGGUGCCUCCAUCCUCAGAUUUAAUUGUUCACCUCUGGUGCCUGGGCUUUUACCUCCCAAAGCCUUUAUCUUUCUAAACUGCUCCAAGAAAGUGUGGUUCUCUACACUUCUCCUCCUCCAAGACAAACCUCUGAAUUUUGAUCAUCUACUCUAAUAUCUUCAUCUAGUUCAGUUUUAAAUUUUGCUUGGUCUUAAUCCUGUCAAGCUUUCUGGUGUUUUAUCCACUUUAGGUAUUUAAGGCAAAUUUGUUGUAAUUUGAGCAAAUGUUGGAAAUCUGAUAGCUGUAAUCUAAAGAAACUCUUUACCUUGUUUUUUUUCUUAAUAAAAUUAAUCUCAUUUUUGGUGACUGAAUGGACCACACAGACUGUAGAUGUAAAACAUCUUUUAGUCAGCAUGUCAAGGAAAUAUUCGGGAAGGAUUUCCCAUGAAGAAUUUAACGAGAAUAUCUCUAAAAGGUAUACCAAGAUCUAGUACUCUUUUUAAGCACAAAAAUAACAGCAGGUGAUUAAAUAUGGUUUCUGUAGUUACAGUUAUAUGGUUUACUUCAACAAUUUGUGUGUAUACAAGUAAUUCUGUAGAAUUACAUAUUUACAAUGAGAGCACACCUUAAUUGAUACCUUUUGAAUAUUCAAGCAUCUUGUGGAUGAUCCAAAGGGUUCUGAACAUAAACACCUCAAACAAUCAAAAUAUGGCUCUUUUUAUCACAAAAGCACUCCAACUAUUGAUUGACAGAAAAAGUGUACCUUUACACUGUUAGGUGGCAGAAAUAUGUAUUUAACUGUGCUUCAAGUGAUAAGAUGCUCACUUGAUCCCUGAUUUCAUCCUGGGAGUUUCAAUGUGGCUCAGUUGAUAGGUACACUCAUCUAUUUUUUUUUGCCCUACACAAAUUAUACUAGUGCAAAACCAGAAAGCCCCACUCAUGGCUGGUUUCAAUGUCCUAAAAGUAUGAAUGGAUGUUAUAUGCAAUGAAGUAUCUAGAUACAACUGUCAAUAGAAAAAAUUAUCUUGUCAGUUUCUUAAGUGCUCACCUAUUAUAAUUGGUAAGCAGUGAUCAAACAAACUGGUGUCUAUUUGAUUAUUGCUUGCAAGUUUUAUUUGAAUAAUUUUUGAAAACUAGUUCUCAUUUGUACUAAUGGCUGCUCUCCACAUAAUUGUUGAUAAGUAACAUUUCUUAACAGCAUUCAUGUAUUUCCAAGUAAUGGAAGGAUAACACUGGAUUCUAAAAACAGUUAACAAAUAUAUUUAUUGUAAUGGUACACAUUGCUGUUUAGUCGAGCCUCUGCUACGUUUGUCAAAGUUAGUGAAGUAAUAGAUUUCUUGAUUAGUAUUGAUUGUUGUAUUUAAAUGUUUCUUAUGUGAUCAGAAAGAUUAUUUUUAGUACCGGUAUUUUAAGUUCUCAUGUUAAAUCUAACUGGUUUUGGACAAAUGAUUUACAUUUUAAUUGCAUCAAUAUUGAGGUAUUAGAGAUCUGCACAAUAUUUAGGUGAGAACUAAUGGACAAAAUAAUUGGUUCAUUAAGAAAUCUUUUCACGAUGGUAACUUCAAAUAUCGAUAAACAGCAUACAUUGUGAGUUUUUAAUUUAAGUAUUGGGCUGAUGUAAUUUUGAUUAAAGUGUAGACAGUGUUUCAAACGAAUAUUUUCUUUCAUCAAACAUUAUUAAUGUUGAAUGAUUAGUGUGUGCUUGUGAGAGAAAAAUUUGAAAAUAAAGUGGAAAUAAAGUUUCUCAUCAAAAUUCAGGCAAUAACACAAAAUGUAUUAAAUUGUAGAGAGGAAGAUAUUGUUAAAACUACAAACUUUUGCAAUAAUGAGAAUACUUUGGGCAGUAGAUACCCAGAAUUGUUUUAUAAUCAAAGCCAUUGUUUGUCCUUGAAGGAAAUUGCAAGGGGUUGUGAAAUGCUACACCUUCCUUUUCUUAAAGUUUGAUUAAAAAAUCAAUUUUUUUUAUAAGUAAAAAUAAGCAACAAGAACAUGCAUUCAAUAGAAGGGCACUGAGGUAUGUAGAUGGAUGUAGCAGCCAAGGGGGUUAAAUAAAACAGGGUUGGAGCAGGUUAUUCAAUUCACAAUAAACUGGAAAAAAUAUAUUAGAACUGUAGAUAUUAUAAAUAAGGUGCAGGAAAGGAUCUUUGUUACAUUUACAAACUAACUUGUAUGUAAUUGUAUUAAUUGCUUUGCUGUAUAUUUAUUUUGAAAGUGGUUUGCGUUUGUCAAUUAAAUUCAAUUUGAUUUUUAUUACACACAUGCCUAGUUUAUUUUUGAAUAAGUGUAUUACUGAACAUUGUAGUUGAAUUAAUAGACUUUGUCCUUCCAUUCCAUGUGAUUGUACUAUCACGAAUUCAACUGGAAGCUAUUUAAAUAUUGUUUGUAUUUUUUGAUAGAAAUUCACUUUAACAUUUUUAUCAUUGUGAUGCAAAUAUUAAAACAAAUUUAAUCAAAAAUUGUGCAUUUAUGUUUUUGUUUAUCAUAAGUCAAAUGUGGAUUUACUUCACUUUGGGAAAGCAAUGGUUCUUGAAGCUUCAUCUAAUCCUGAAUAUGUAUUUCAUGCAAAUUUUUUAAGUAGUUGCAAUUAUCAACUUAAGUAAAAAGCACAAAUUGCAGCUGAGUUUUUAACUGAUUUGAGUGGGUGGGGUUAAAGGUUUUGUGGGGAUAAAAUAAAAAUGUGCACAAUACUCUUGAAAUAGACAUGUAUUCUGAUAUGGGAGAUGAUUUGUUAGACAGAGAAAAAGAUUCGAAGAUGUGUUCAAACCACUUAAUCUGGAAAUCCCUGCCUCGUAACUGCUCAAAGUAGAGAACGGGAAAUUGGGAUGGUAUUGAGAUAUAUGGUCAGUGGGUAACAUUUAAUGUGAGCUCAGACGGAGGUGAGGUGUAUGGCCCCCCAAAUCCUAACAACUUUCUUAUAGGGGCACAAUUGGGAGCAUCCUGACUGGCUGCAUCACUACCUGGUAUGAGAACUGUACUUCCCUCAAUUGCAGGAAUCUGCAGAGAGUGGUGUGCUCAGCCCAGCACAUCUGUAGUUGUGAACUUCACAUGAUUCAGGACAUUUACAAACACAGGUGUGUAAAAAGGGCCCGAAGGAUCAUUGGGGACCCAAGUCAUCCCAACCACAAACUGUUCCAGCUGUUACCAUCUGGGAAAUGGUAUGGUAGCAAAAAAGCCAGGACUAAUAAGCUCUGGGACAGCUUCCACUAGGCAAUUAGACUGCUUAAUUCAUGCUGAAGCAUUUUAUUUCUAUGUUAUAUUGACUAUCCUAUUGUAUAAAAUUACUAUAAAUUGCACAUUUAGAUGGAGACGUAAAGGUUUUUACUCAUGUAUAUGAUGUAAGUAAUAAAGUCAAUUCAUUAGUUUU